AUGGGUGGUGAGAAAUUCUCAAACGAAGCAGGGAAACCAAUUCGAUGCAAAGCUGCGGUGGCUCGGAAACCGGGAGAGCCUCUUGUAAUGGAGGAGAUAAUGGUGGCUCCUCCGAGUCGUCAUGAAGUUCGUGUCCGAAUUAUCUGCACCUCUCUCUGCCAUAGCGAUGUCACUUUCUGGAAAAUGAAGGUUCUUCCUGCUGUUUUUCCAAGAAUUUUUGGGCAUGAGGCUAUCGGAGUUGUGGAGAGUGUAGGGGAGGACGUGGACGAGGUUGUCAAAGGGGAUGUUGUGGUUCCUGUAUUCUUGGCAAAUUGUGGAGAUUGUGCAGACUGCAAAUCAAACAAGAGUAACCUUUGUUCGACCCUUCCCUUCCAGCUCAGUCCUUGGAUGCCUAGAGACCAGACUGGUAGAUUCACAGACCUAAAAGGAGAGGUUUUAUACCAUUUCCUAAACGUGUCAAGUUUUAGUGAAUAUACAGUGCUGGACAUUGCUCAUCUUGUGAAGAUUGAUCCUUCAGUUCCUCCAAAUAAAGCAUGCCUCCUCAGUUGCGGAGUAUCCACAGGGGUUGGAGCUGCAUGGAGAACUGCAAAUGUUGAGAAAGGAUCAACUGUUGCCAUAUUUGGGCUGGGUUCAAUUGGAUUAGCAGUUGCAGAGGGUGCAAGAAUAUGUGGUGCUGCUAAAAUUAUAGGGGUGGAUGUGAAUCUAGAAAAGUUUGAAAUUGGAAAAAAAUUUGGAGUCACAGACUUUGUCAAUGUUGGAGAAUGUGGGGAUAAACCUGUGAGCGAGGUGAUCCUUGAGAUGACUGGUGGGGGAGCAGACUAUUGCUUUGAAUGUGUCGGUUUGUCGUCCUUGAUGGAGCAAGCAUAUGCUAGUUGCCGAAAGUUUGCAAAUCUUCGUGUAAUUCAGGGAUGGGGAAAGACAGUCGUCUUAGGGGUGGGCCUUCCAGGGUCACAGAUCAGCAUUCCCUCUCUGGAUCUGCUUCACAGCGGGAAAACCCUCAUAGGAGCCCUGUUUGGUGGUCUCAAAGCUAAAUCUGAUAUUCCAGUUCUCUUAAAGCGUUACAUGGACAAGGAUCUGCAGUUGGAUAAGUUUGUUACGCAUGAGGUCAAUUUUGAAGACAUAAACAAAGCCUUUGAUUUAUUACUUGAAGGAAAGAGUCUCCGAUGUGUAAUUUGGAUGGACAAACAAGGAUGA